AUGUCGAAUUUGUCAAAGCUUGAAUUUGUGGCACUUGGCAUUUCUGGAAAGAACUAUUUGUCAUGGGUACUUGAUGUUGAAAUUCACCUUACCGCUAAGGGUCUUGGUGAUUGUAUAAUCGAAGGAAAUAAGGCAUCAAGUCAGGAUAAAGCGAAAGCUAUGAUUUUUCUUCGUCAUCAUCUUGAUAAAAGGCUGAAGGUUGAAUACUUAACAGUGAAAGAUCCACUUGAAUUGUGGAUAGGUUUGAAAGGGAGGUAUGACCACCUCAAGGCAACUUUAUUGCCAAGGGAUCGUUAUGAGUGGAUGCACUUACGGUUUCAAGAUUAUAAAACCCAUAAUGACCUUUUAAUGAAAAAUCAUGAAGCCCGUCCCACUGGAAGUGCUCCAUUACCGGAGGCACACGGGGUAGAAGCACGGCCAGUCUGA